AUGGCCUCGAAAUCCCAAGUCCCAUACGGAGACCGCGCAAAGGCACAUGCUAACCCCCUCGCCCGCCGCCUGUUUGAAAUUGCAGUGCAGAAACAGUCCAACGUCGUCGUCUCUGCAGAUGUCACCACCACUAGCGAGCUGCUCGACCUGGCAGAGCGUCCAUACAUGGUUGUGCUCAAGACACAUAUCGAUAUAAUCACCGAUUUCUCCCCGCAGACUGUUGCCGGUCUACAAGCGGCGGCAGAGAAACAUAACUUCCUCCUCUUUGAAGACAGGAAAUUCGUUGAUAUCGGCAACACGGUACAGAAACAGUACCAUGGUGGUUCGCUCAGGAUAUCGGAAUGGGCACAUAUCGUCAACUGUGCAGUGCUGGCGGGGUCUGGUAUCGUCGAUGCUUUGGCCCAGGCUGCUUCGUCGAGUGAUUUCCCCUACCCAGCUGGCGAGAGAGGGCUGCUUAUACUAGCUGAGAUGACGUCCAAGGGCUCGCUGGCGACGGGAGAGUAUACGAAGCUAUCUGUUGAGAUGGCGAGGAAGCAUGCCGGGUUCGUCAUGGGGUUUGUGGCUACGAGGUCGCUGGGUGAUGUUGAGACAGAAGUGGUGGCACGCAAGGCAGACGAAGACUUUGUGCUGUUUACUACGGGCGUCAACCUGGCUUCAAAGGGGGAUCAGUUGGGUCAGCAGUACCAGACCCCCGAGUCGGCGAUAGGGAGAGGGGCAGACUUUAUCAUCUCCGGUAGAGGGAUAUAUGCCGCCCCAGACCCCGUGGAGGCCAUAAAGCAGUAUCAAAAGGCCGGCUGGGAUGCAUAUCUGAAGCGUGUCUCCAAGUAA